UGCUUGUCCGAUGGAAAGGGACAAAGUUUUGAAUGAUUUGGAGUUGGGGAUGGGGCAGUAGUUGUCACCAAGGCUGUGGAGAACCCUUUUUCACAACCUUGACAGAUGAGAAAAGGGACAGAGGGAGGGGUCAGAAGAGUUCUCCUAGAACACCGAAGGGUUUCAGAUUCCUGGUCACUUGAACUCUCCUACGUUCAGUUUGUCCCUUUAACGUCACUUCCGGUUACAGGCGGACACGUCCUAAACUUGUGGCGCGAGCUGGGGAUUCUGCAGCGAAUACACCAGGAUCAAUAUGCAUAGAGUUCGUAACGUGAAAAAAUCUUUUAAGCCUCAGACUUCUUGUGUGACAAGUGAAUAUGAAAAACAGCUGGAUUAUUUGCCUGAUAAGCUAAGAGCAAAGCUGCUUCCUUUCCAGAAAGAUGGCAUCACUUUUGCCCUUAGAAGAGAUGGCAGGUGUAUGGUCGCUGAUGAAAUGGGUCUAGGAAAGACAAUCCAGGCAAUUGCAAUUGCUUACUUUUAUAAAGAGGAGUGGCCUCUUUUAAUAGUGGUCCCUUCAUCUCUGAGGUACCCUUGGAUAGAAGAAAUAGAAAAAUGGAUUCCAGAGCUAGGUCCAGAAGAAAUCAUUGUUAUUCAAAAUAAAGCUGAUGUUGGGAGACUAUCGACCAGCAAAGUGACAGUUCUGGGUUAUGGUCUUUUAACUACAGAUGCAAAGACUUUGAUAGAUGCAUUAAAUAAUCAGAACUUCAAAGUGAUUAUAGUGGAUGAAUCACACUAUAUGAAGUCCAGAAAUGCAGCCCGCAGCAAGAUUCUGUUGCCAUUAGUACAGAAAGCCAGACGAGCCAUUCUUCUUACAGGAACUCCAGCUUUGGGAAGGCCUGAAGAGCUUUUCAUGCAGAUCGAAGCUCUCUUUCCACAAAAGUUUGGAACAUGGACCGACUAUUCCAAGAGAUAUUGUAAUGCACAUAUCAGAUAUUUUGGUAAAAGACCUCAGUGGGAUUGUAGAGGGGCAUCAAAUCUUAAUGAACUUCAUCAGCUAUUAAGUGACAUAAUGAUUAGAAGAUUAAAGACUGAAGUUUUAACCCAGCUGCCGCCUAAAAUCAGGCAGCGUAUUCCAUUUGAUCUUCCAGCAGCAGCAGCUAAGGAAUUGAAUACCAGUUUUGAAGAGUGGGAGAGACUAAUGAGAGCUCUAAAUUCAGGUGCCACUGAGACUGGUAGCCCCUUUUUUCAAGUCAUGGGGUUGAUGACUCGCAUGUUUAAACAAACUGCUGUCGCCAAGGCAGGUGCUGUAAAGGAUUAUAUUAAGAUGAUGCUUCAGAACGAGUCACUUAAAUUUCUGGUUUUCGCUCACCAUUUAAGCAUGCUCCAAGCUUGCACAGAGGCAGUCAUAGAAAGCAAGACUCGUUAUGUUAGAAUAGAUGGAAGUGUUCCAUCUUCAGAAAGAAUACAUCUAGUUAAUCAGUUUCAGAAGGAUCCUGAUACUCGCGUGGCUAUCCUAAGCAUUCAGGCUGCUGGCCAGGGUUUAACAUUUACUGCUGCAACUCACGUUGUAUUUGCUGAGUUGUACUGGGACCCUGGACAUAUAAAACAAGCAGAAGACCGUGUUCAUCGAAUUGGACAGUGCAGUUCUGUGAAUAUUCACUACCUCAUUGCAAAUGGGACUCUAGACACGCUUAUGUGGGGGAUGUUGAAUCGUAAGGCUCAGGUUACAGGGAGCACACUGAAUGGUAGGAAGGAACGACUUCAGGCUGAGGAAGGUGAAAAGGAAAAAUGGGAUUUUCUGCAGUUUGCUGAAGCUUGGACUCCAAAUGAAAGUUCUGAAGAGCUCAAAAAUGAAGUUUUUUUCACUCAUUUCGAAAAAGAAAAACAGCAUGAUAUUCGAUCAUUCUUUUUACCAAAACUGAAGAAAAGACAGUUGAUGACCUCCUGUGAUGAACCAAGGAUAUUCCAGGAGAAAAAUACUGUAGAGGCAUCAGAUCCUAGAAAAAAAGCUGCAAGCAAUAACACUGAAUAUGAAAGUGAUAUUGAACCUGAAGCUAAAAGAUUGAAAUCGGUUGCUGUCCAGGAUUGCUGCAGUCCCCCAGAGGAGAAACCAUUCCAGCCCAGGCAAACCAAAGCUCCACUCAUGGAAGGUGCCCCUGAGGCCAAGUCUCAGCCAGCUGCCCCAUCCCUUCCUGGAAAGGGCUGGCAGUGUGGUUUUUGCACCUAUAUCAAUAAUUCAGUGUUACCAUAUUGUGAAAUGUGUGAGAACCCUCAAGGCAGUGCUGAUAGCCUCAUCCAGACCCAGGGUAAAAGCAAAUGUGGAAAGGAUGAUUCUCAGAAAGACACCUCCAGAGAAGUUGGAACUAACCCUGACUGUGAAAAACAAGUCCGUGCACCGUCAGCACCUGAAUUGUUGCCUGAGAACAAGGAAGAGCCAUCAGAAAUUGAAAGGGAAGAUGGACUCACUCCCCAGCCAAGUAAUGAACAGUUGAAGAGUUCAGCGACUUUGCCAGUAUAUGAUAUCUUAAUGUUUUGUGGAAGUAAGAAUACUGACCGAAUUCAUCUCUAUACUAAGGAUGGAAAACCGAUGAACUGUAAUUUCAUUCCUUUGGAUAUAAAAUUAGACCUUUGGGAAGAUUUACCAGCAAACUUCCAGCUGAAACAAAAUCGCUCACUGAUUUUGAGGUUUGUUCGUGAAUGGAGUAGUCUAACUGCCAUGAAGCAAAGGAUUAUCAGGAAAAGUGGUCAGCUGUUCUGUAGCCCAAUUCUUGCUUUUGAAGAGAUCACAAAGCAACAAACCAGACAAAAUAGUACCAAAAGAUACAUAACCAAAGAAGAUGUUGCUGCUGCCUCAGUGGACAAAGUGAAGAAUGAUGGGGGCCAUGUCCGUCUGAUCACAAAGGAAUCUAGGGACCCUUCUGCAAAAAAGUUUCUUGGAGCUGAAGCCUGUGUCCCAUUUCUAAAUCCCUGCACAGCCCAAGCUGAUCUCACUGCGAACCCUUCUACUUCCAAGGGCUAUUUGCAAGCUGUGGAUAAUGAAGGGAAUCCACUUUGCCUUCUCUGUCAGCAACCCACUUGCCAAACUAACCAAGAGUGUAAAGUGAACGCUUGGGAUUCACGGUUUUGCUCUCUGAAAUGUCAGGAAGAGUUUUGGAUUCGAUCUAAUAACAGUUACCUGCGAGCCAAAGUAUUUGAAACUGAGCAUGGUGUGUGUCAGUUAUGUAAUUUGAAUGCACAAGAACUCUUUUUACGUCUGAGAGAUGCCCCUAAAAGUCAGAGGAAGAAUCUUCUGGAUAUUACCUGGACCUCAAAGCUCUCACUAGAACAGCUCAAUGAAAUGAUAAGAAACCCGGUAGAAGGCCAUUUCUGGCAGGUGGAUCACAUCAAGCCAGUCUACAGUGGAGGAGGACAGUGUUCCCUGGACAACCUUCAGACACUCUGUACUGUCUGCCACAAAGAGCGAACUGCCAGACAAGCCAAAGAAAGAAGCCAGGUGAGAAGACAAUCUCUGGCAUCAAAGCACGGAUCAGACAUCACACGAUUUUUGGUAAAGAUGUAAAGUGUAAAAGUAUGUGAAUGGAUGACAAAUGGUUUACGUGUGGAGGAAUUUAACACAAACCUUUUUUCAUAUGUGUCUAAUUUUGUAACAGUGAAAAUUUUCAGGACAAAAAUCAAGAAGUCAACUUCUGUUUCUAUAUUAAGCAUUUUUUAUGCUAAAAAAUAGCUUUUGAAAGUACUUAACAGAAACUGAGAUGCAAUGCUAAAUAUUUCUGUAUCUUGUUGAUUUCAUGCAGACUCUCAAUUAUGUUUCAGCAAUGUUUUGUUAAGCCUACAUUUUCCCCUAAUAUACCUUAAUCACUGUUAUUAUGCAUAGAUAUUGUAUUUGAAAAGUAUACUUUCAAGUACCUGAAAAAUGCUGCUGAAUUAGUAUUGGUUCUGGACUAUUAUAGUUAUAAAUGGAGCAUUGCAUAACUGUAAGGGAAAUUUUGUGGGCAAGUCAUCAUUAUUCAGGAAUUCUGGGCCAAGCCUGACCAGCCUGCUUAGUAUGCAAGAGAGACGCUUGUUCACUAAAUGCUUCCAGAGUGGGCUUGGGGUACACAUUUGGGGUUGUUGCCUUUUUUGCUUUAUUUCUUAGCCAGCCAUCUUUAUUGAAAAGAUGCUUUUGAAAAUACGCUAAUUGUACUUAUGGUGUUUUUGGAUGAUUUGGGGGUUCUGGGUAAAGUAAUUGUUAAAACUAUUAAAAAACUGAAAACAUAAAGUGUAAAAUGACGUUUAAGCUUCAUUUUAUAGGGUUUACUGUCAAAGCAUCCUUUAUCCUCUGGUUAUCAUUUUCUGAUUUUAAAAUCCUGUUUUAUUAAAAGUGUGUUUCUGAUACCUCUUUUAAAAGAAUGAUGAUGGCAAAACACUUUACAGUACAAUAUGAUCAGAUGGAUACACACAUCAAAAAAUACAAUGGUAAAAUUAAAAAGUAAGUGUUAUUUUUUACCCUGAAGAGCUCAAGAAUGUUGAUUUCUUUGACAUAUCAUUUACAGUGUUUUUCAUACCAAAAAAAGAAAUAGAAGAGUGAUAAUAAGACAAAGCCAGGGCAUAACCCUGCACUGUGUCAGAAUCAUGAGAGUGAAGUGGCAGAAC